AUGCACGGCCGUCACCGCGCUGCAGCAGCCCAUGGAACGGGCGGUGUGCAAUGCGACCUGGUCCUCCUCGCCUUCGCCGUCGCAGCACUGGUGAUCUUCGUUUUGAACUUCGGCAUUGUCCUCCUGUCACCGUUGUUGAAGUGGCACGGGUGCAGUCUAUCCGACCAACUGUACCAGGAAGGACCUCGGCGAUUGAGCCAACUUGCAGAAGGCCCGGUUCUCGAGGCGUGGUCUUGCUUGCACAACCUGGACCGGAGCUCUCUACGCCUACUUCCUGACAAGGACCUGGAGCAGCGGGCACGGCAGGGCCCACGAUGGCUCUUCAUCGGGGUUUCCUCCGUGCAAAGGAAGGCUGAAUACUUGGGCCUUACUUUGUCUCAUCUUUUUGAUGCAAUGGGGACAGCUGUGGACACAGGCAUCGUUGUGCAUCUCGCAGACUUUGACGAGAAUUGGGUCAGUAAGUCUCAAGAAUGGCUGCGGUCGGGCUUUGACGACGAGGUGCAGGCCAACCGCUUGCACGUCAUCCAUGCCCCAGAGCGACUCUAUCCCCCGCGAGAAGAGGUCCAAAAGAGCACCAAAUUCGGCGAUCCUCCGCACCGGCAGUGGUGGAGAGCCAAGCAGAACCUGGACUAUGCCUUCUUGAUGUGGUACGCAGCCGGCUUGGCAGAAUAUUACAUGCAGCUUGAGGAUGAUGUCCAGGUUGUUCCGAGCUUCUUGCCGACUGUGCGUCGCUAUAUGCGAGAGAAGGCAGCUGGCAACGAGUGGGUCAUGAUUGCCUUUUCGAAGCUGGGAUUCAUCGGCAAGACCUUUCGGUCUUCGAGGCUGCCCAAGCUCGCGGAGUUCCUCUUGGUGUUCCAUGAUCAGGCUCCCUGCGACUGGCUGGUCUGGAUCUUCAUUGAUGCAGCUUCCUCACAGCCAGUGACAGGACAGAUAGCCAAGGACUUGGAAGAUGAGUUUGUGAAGCGUGCUCAGGCCAAGCACCAGGGCAAGACGGGCAAAGUUGAGAACCCAAAGUCGAUGAGGAAUGAUGUUCUUCUCUUCUACAGGGAGCGCAAUGCGGAGCAGGUGUUCUUGUCCCCCGCGGCCGCGGCAUCUCCGAAGCCGACGGUUCCGGCCGUGCCAUCGCUGCUGCCGCUGCCCAUCGAACAGGUGCCCUCGGUGAGGCAGCAGAUGGCACCAGGGACGCUACCGCCAGCGCAGGUCUACAGCAACAUGAAGCACUGGAAGCAGUAUGCGCCAGAGGCUGCGUAUGGUUCAUCCCUGAAGGGAUUCUGGACUUCGGAUACGUGCGAUGCCAGUCGCGCAGCCACUCCGUGCAUGGGUCCAGAGAAGUUCAUCGAAGUUGUUUUCAGCACAGAUGUGGACCUCAAAAGAGUCCGGCUGGUCCAGGCAGCUUCAGAUCAUCCACAGGACUUCCUUCGGAAUGGAACUCUGGAGGUGGGGAAGUGGCUCCGUGCACGGGGUGCUGCCGACCAGCCGCACUGCGAAUCCUACCAGGUCAUAGCUCCGGUUACACAGCGGGAGGCCAUUUGGUCGGGCGUGCUAUCUCAGCCAGUCCGCUGCCUUCGCGUCAGGAUGCUCGCUGCCCAGAAGGAGUGGAUCAUGCUGAAGUUUGCUGAAGUUGUCAGCGAGGUAGGGCCCAGGCCUGCGACCACCCAAGCAGCCAUGCAGGCCGUGCCUCCACGCAAGGAAGUCGAAGUGCCAACAGUCCCAGCCGCGCGGGCUGACCCGACACUGCUUGAGGAAACGGAGGAUCCCACCACCACCGCCACCAUGGACCGGCCCGAAACGGAGGGACCGGAAAAACCGGAAGGAUCGGAGGGACUGGAGGCAAUGGUAUGGAAUCCAGGGAGCUCUGGGACUGGGCAGCCAGAAAGCUCGUCCUCCACGUACCAGCCACCUCUACCUCUGGCCCGGUUGAACGCGAUCGUCCGCAGUGUGGAGGCUCAUGUUGAGGAGCCAGAUCAGGACACCCUGGCAGGCAUGCUGGCAUUUUCUGUGGGACUGUUGGCAGGAAUCGUAGGCUGGGCGAAUGUCUUCCUCUGCCAAACGCUCUCGUUGCCGGGAGUGCACUUGGUGGGCAGGCUCCCCUGCUGGAUGGCAUCCUUCGUGCCUGCAAUCGACUCCAUGCUGUAUCUGUCCAUGGACGCACCGAACGUGGAUUGCAAGUUCCAGGAGCGCAAGCUGGCUCGCCAACAUGACAAGAUGCAAGCUGGCGGAUGGCCUUGGUGGAGCAGCGUGCCCGUCGAGCUACACCAGGCGGAGCAGGCUCCGGCUCGGCGGCUGGGGGCUGGAGCUCGCAGCUGGGAAGAAGUGCAGUCACCGGCGAGGCGCGUGGACUCUUCAAGCUUCCAGGUUGUCGGGCCAACCUCGCCGCCACGCAGGUGGCUGGCGAUUGGCAUGACUCUUCGCUGCAGCGAGCAGCAAGCCGCCAUGGACAAAGCCGUGGAGGUGCUCAGAAAACUCUUGGCCGCUGGGGAUGACUCCUUGGUGGUCUUGGUCCACCUGUCGGACGAGCUGGCUGAGCAUCGAUCCAGGUUGGCUCGGCUCCUGGAGACGGAGUUGGCAUCCGAUGUGGAGGCGGGGCGGUUCCUGGCUGUACGUGCUCCUGAGCCAUACUACCAAGAUGCGAGCAGGAAGACCGACAAUUACGAGUUGGCCGUGCUGCUGGUGUCUGCUGCUCCGCUUGCUGACUACUACAUGCAGGUCGAAGCAGAUGUGCUCCUGAAGCAAGGCUUCAUCAAAACUCUGCAAAGCUACAUCACAGCCAAGCAGCAGGAGAACGAGCCUUGGCACAUGAUCUCCUUGAGCCAGGAUGGGCAUCGCCGCAAGAUAUGGAGAUCCGCAAGCCUGGCUACGUUUGCGGAGCUCUUGGCCAUCUUCCCCGAUGUGCCGCCAGACUCCCUGCUAUGGGAUUUCAUUGACACCAUCAACAACCAGUCAGCUCCUAAGGCAUGCGCUAUAGCCUCGUCGGCGACAAAGUUCAAGCGGGCGGACGUGCUUCUGCAGUACCACAAAGCAGAGGCUCUCAUUGAGCACGUUGGCGACGUGUCAUCGCUCGAAGGGAAGGUCCAAAGAAUUCAUGAUGACUAUUUCAAGAAGCACAACUUGAUAAGCUCGCUCUUCGACAACCCUGUCGCGGACAUCUACACUGCGGACAUGGUAAGUGCAUCUUCGCAGCUGCAGGCGGUCUAUGGCAGCAGCGGGAUUGCCAGUGGCCAGGGAUAUACGAAGGUUGGCACCCUGACUGCACCAUACCUGGGAGACAUGGUUGGAGAUGGACAGGCUGUGUUGGAGGUGGUGUUCAAGGAGCCAACAGCUGUGCAGAUGGUCAACCUUCGAAUGGGCGGGCACCUGAGGACCAAGACCAAGAAGCAAAAGACAGAAGAGGCAGACCCAGACUUCGAUUUCGUGCUUGACCAUGCACGCAUCGAGUUUGGCCGUGGGCGACACCAGAGUGCCGGUAGUUCGGCCGUUCGCGGAGCUCACGUCACUUUCAGGAAAGGUCGAUGUACAGACUACGAGCCCGUGGUCAACAUCUCGGGUCGAGAGGUGUUCUGGCGCUGUCCCCUGAGUCGGCCGGUGAUGGCCGUGGAGUGUGUGAAGGUCACCCUUCUUCAGCCACAGCAGAAAGCCGCCAUCAUCCGCAGCAUUCGUAUCAGGUCGGCGAAGCCGCGCCGACUUUCAGAAGAGCAUCACGAUGAGAAUGAUGCGGAGCUGGAACAGGUGGAGUCGAUGAGCGUGGACUUGGCAAAGUGGCAGGAGAAAAUGGUGACAUGGAGCCUGAUUGUCAGUGCUGCCUUUUUUGCAGGAUCCUUGGUUUUCUUUGUGGGGUGCGUAGCCACCACACUUCAUGUGCCGGGACCCCGAAGACGUGAACCCAAGCGGAGGACCAAAGUGUCGCAAGCCUGA